GAGCCGCUCCGCGAGCCGCCCCAGGGGCGACCGCGAGCGCGGCCGCCGCCGCGAGGGCAGCGGCGACCGCCGCGACGAGCGCCGCAACGGCGAGAGGGAGGACCGCCGCCGCGAGGGCAGCGGCGACCGCCGCGGUGGCAACAACGACGGCCGGUUGGCGGACCGCCGGGGCGACGCCCGCGACCGCCGGGAAGACCGGCGGGACGGCCGGCGCGAGGAUCGGCGAGACGGCGGGCGUCGCGGCGCGCGCCGGUCGCGCUCGCGGCGGUCGCGCUCGCGGCGGUCGCGCUCGCGGCGGCGCGCUGACGGGGGCGGCGCGGGCGCGCCCCGCCGCUCGGGGGCGCCGCCCGCGGCCGUGGGCUCGCGGCAGCGCUUCGAGGACUGGAGCUGCCCCGCCUGCGGCGACCUGAACUUCGCGCGCAGGGCGGAGUGCAGGAAGUGCGGAGCGCCGCGCCAAGCGCGGGGCGCAGGCGCGCACGCCGAGGACUCGAGGGGCGCCGGAGCGCGCGCCGACGACUGGAAGGGGGCCAGCGCGCGCGCCGAGGACUGGACGUGCCCGGCCUGCACGUACCUCAACUUCGCGCGCAGGGCCGAGUGCGGGAGGUGCGGGACGCCGCGGCCGGCGGGGGGGAGCGCAGCACUCGCCGGCCCCGCGCCGGAGUGGGGCGAGCGGCGGAGGCAGGAGGAGCCGCGGCCGGAGGCGGCUGGGUGGCAGCCGCGCGGGUGGGCCGAGGGCGGCGGCGGGGAGUGGCCCGGGCGGGGCGAGUGGCGGGCGCGGGAGCCGUGGCCUGAGGGAGCUGGGGCAGCUGCCGAGCCGCCGCCGGAGGCCGAGGAGGCCGAGGAGCUCGACGGCCCGCCGAGGCUGGUGGACUUCCUGGUCUCCUCCAGCGACAAGCUAACGGAGACCAUGUUGCCGCCUCAGUCCAAGGCUACCGCCCGCGCGCGCUUCGACCACCCCGCCUUGAGGGACAUGAGCCUGCCACCCGAGGUGCGGGUGAGGAUCGAGCAGAUGAAGCCACCGCCCGUGGGUGGCAGGUACUGGGACCCUGACGGCAGCCACGAGCAGCCCGUGGCCGAGCCCAUGGCAGGGGGCGCACCUCCCGGCGGCCUUGGCGACCCAGCGGCGUUUCGCGACGCUCCCUUCCCCGACGGCCCCGGCGCCCCAGCCUCGCUCCCCGCGACCGCGAGCCUCUACGGCCUCGGCGACCCGGCGGCGGCCUGCGCUGACGCUGGCCCGAUCCCCGGCCUCGGCGCCCAGGCGUUCUGGGACGGCACGCUCCCCGAGGACCCGGAGGCCCCGUGGGCCUUCGACGAGAGCACCGCGGUCGAGGCGGAGCGCCUCGCCAGCAUGGACGGCCCCACCCGCGAGGCCGCCGACGCGGCCCUGCACGGCUGCUCGCGCGAGCCGAGGCCAGCGGGCUGGCCCAGCUCGGACGCGGAGCUGGACGCCGCGCUGCCGCCCGGGGCCGCCUGGCCGCCCCCGCCCCCGCCGGGCUGCACGCCACGGCAGGCCUCGGAGCACAGCCACCUGGUGGCCAGCAAGCUCUGCAGGAGGA